UAAGACCGAAAAACUAGGGCCUACCUCUAAGCAUGUAAGCAAACAUUGUGGCUUUGCAUGCCACAACUAGCAACAAGACACAUGUCCUCAGGCGUUGGGCUGCAAAUGAUCGAAGCUUCCAUCAGCUAGUGUUAGUCCAAGGUAUGCACCCAUGUUCUGAAUUGUUUAAUCCCAAUCCCAUAUAUAAAUUAGCCUGCUGUAGCGUUUGUUUUCUUUCAUGGUUUACUGCUUUAGCUUUUGCUUCCAAAUUUCGAUGAAGUUUAUUAGUACUUUCCAAGAUGUUUACUCACCACAGAAAAGUUGUUGCUUCAAUAAAACUUGACUUCUUUGCUCAAGAGUGUCGAAGAAAUAUCAUACACACAUGAGAGAAAAGAAAACUAUCACAAUUUGGUUUCAACCCAGGGCAGCUGGCAUGCCUUUGCUUUUCUUCUUCUUUUUCUCACGGUAACUCAAUAGCUAUUACACGACGGCCAUUAUAUAGUGAUCCUGGCCUUGUCCUUAUGCCUGACUCACACUCACAAAUUCCUAACUGUCCAACUUGCACUGAAUACAAACUUCAACUCCUGCACAGGCUCUAUACAAAGCUCAAGACUCGUAGCACUUAACUUCUUAAUAAGCAAACCGGCACAUGUACAACUCCGAGACUCCAUACAUCGAAGUAUGGAGUAUCUGCAUACAUACUCAUGUGUCAGUUUCUUUCAUUUCUUUAUUUUACAUGUUCAGAGGCCUUUAAGAGAAAUUUGGCUAAAUUUUGUUUUGGGCACUGAAGUAGAAAUUCCUAUAGUUUCUUUUCUCUCUCCAUGAUUAACGUAUGGUUUCUAGAAAAACAUGCUGAUGGGAUACAUAACAUGGGCACUAAUUAUCAGCAGGAAAUAACGUUACAGUCUAGGGCAUUGAGUACUUCUAUGUUGUAACUUGUACGUGCAUAAAGGUGAAGCGACCUCUAUUUGUGUUUGGAGGAUUAUGCCUAUUGUUCAAAAUCCACACUGGAUUAUGUAAUUUCUUUUAUCCAUCAGGUGGUUGUAACAUUCACAAUCCAUCAUUCAUGUGAGGGCCGCCUUCAUGUGAUGGAGACCUUCGGCGGCAUAGCACCAGUGGGUUCCUAAGGCUCUGCAUUUGGGCAGCUUAUUUGGGAGCAGACGUGGUAGCAGUUUAUUCCCUUGGCCUUCUCUCACGGCAUGAGGAUGCCACCAUGGAAAAACAUGUACUAAGUAAAACCCAACCACUAUCUUUCUUUUGGGCACCGUUUCUCCUCAUACAUCUAGGUGGGCAGGACACAAUUACUGCUUUUGCCAUGGAGGACAACAAUUUGUGGUUGAGGCAUCUGUUGAAUCUGGUGAUGCAAGUUGUUCUAGCAUUGUAUGUUUUCUGGAUAUCCAUUGGAAGACACAAUGUGGAGCUGCUAGUAUCAGGUAUCUUGGCAUUUACUGCUGGGAUUAAGUAUGGAGAAAGAACGUGGUGUCUCAAGUGUGGAUGCCUUAAGAGCCUUGAGAGCUCAACUGGACAAGCUUACAAAAAACUAUUGCCUAAAGAGAUCAAUGGUCAUGGCUAUGAUAGCAUCGUUUGUGAAGCUUUAGGUUCUACAAGAUAUGUUCUUGAUAUCUUUUCAGGGCGUAGCUUACUUGCUGAAAACCCCUUUAGUAGACCCUCCACACUAGGAGACACCAACAGAAUGCUCAAGGUGGUUAGGAUUGAGCUUGGUGUGAUGUACGAUGAUCUCUACACUAAGGCUCUUGUUCUCAGAACAAGGAGCAUCGUCAUACUUAGGUGCAUUUCUCAGAUAUCUGCUGUUGUUGCUUUUGUGCUCUUCCACAUAGAUGACAAACGGGGGUAUAAUAAAUCUGACAUUGCAGUCGCCUACUCACUAUUUAUGGGAGGCUUUUUCCUGGAAGUCUGUUCAGUAUUUAUUUGCCUGAUGUCACCAUGGACAUGGGCGUGGUUGAAGGUCCGAAAGUGUGGCAUGCUUGCUAGUUUGUCCUGGUUUAUUUUUUCCAGUGAGAUUGGAUGGCCUGAAGAGAAGCAACGGUGGCCAAAGUCGAUGGGACAGUAUAACUUGGUGAGCUGGCUGAGUGCCAGCAGCCACCACCUGCAUCCAAGGACAUUCAGUCAACGAGUGAUGAACAGCAGCAACCACCUGCAUCCAAGGACAUUCAGUCGACGAGUGAUGACCGUGUGUAGGAGAUUGCUUGUGGAUGUGAUCGGUGUGAAGAAGGAAAAAAUAUUUUGGAUUAGCAAGAUGUUAGAAACAGAGCAAGUGGACGUCGAAAGAUGAUGUUGGAGUGUAUUGUAGAGGAGAUUAGACU